AUGAGAAAGGAAACAGGUUGCUGCAAGCUUCUGCUCUCACUUCCUUAUGAGAGAAGACAGAGACACUAUCCCAGAAAGAGCAGGGCUGUUGUGCACUCUCGUCUCAGACAAUCAUGGGUAACUGGGUGGAGAAUGAAGGACUGUCCAUCUUUGUUGUUCUUGUGUGGCUGGGGUUAAAUGUCUUCCUCUUUUGGUGGUUCUAUCUUGCAUAUGACGUCCCACAAAAAUUCUUCUACACCAGAGAACUCCUUGGUCAUGCUUUGGCUCUGGCAAGGGCUCCUGCAGCUUGUCUGAAUUUCAACUGCAUGCUGAUUCUGCUGCCAGUAUGUCGAAACUUGCUCUCCUUCCUCAGAGGAUCAAGUGCGUGCUGCUCUACCCGUGUCAGACGACAGCUGGACAGGAACCUCACUUUUCACAAAAUGGUGGCAUGGAUGAUCGCCCUUCAUACUGCAAUUCACACCAUUGCACACUUAUUCAAUGUGGAGUGGAGUGUGCAAGCACGUGUUGAGGACAAAAACACUCUCGCAUCUGUACUCUCGAAACUUGGUGAUAAGCCAGAAGAAAGCUAUGUCAAUUUUUUUAGGCAAACUAUUCCGAAUCCCGUGGGGGGCUUAUAUGUGGCUUUCACAUACUUGGCUGGUCUCACUGGUGUUAUCAUCACUUUGGCCCUCAUACUAAUCAUCACGUCGUCCACCAAAACCAUCAGAAGGUCAUAUUUUGAAGUAUUUUGGUACACACAUCAUCUCUUUGUCAUCUUCUUUAUUGGCCUUGUCAUCCAUGGUGCUGGGCGUAUUGUACGUGGACAGACUGAGGAAAGUCUGGCUGUACAUAAACCAGAGAUUUGCUAUAAGAACUUCAGUGAGUGGGGGAGAAAAGGAGCUUGCCCAAUCCCCCAGUUUUCAGGGAAUCCUCCUAUGACAUGGAAGUGGGUAGUAGGUCCCAUGUUUUUGUACCUCUGUGAGAGGUUGGUGCGGUUUUGGAGGUCACAGCAGAAGGUUGUUAUCACAAAGGUGGUGAUUCAUCCUUUCAAGACAAUUGAGCUCCAGAUGAUGAAGAAGGGUUUCAAGAUGGAGGUCGGACAAUAUAUUUUUGUCAAAUGUCCAGCAGUGUCUAAACUGGAAUGGCAUCCAUUCACUCUAACCUCUGCCCCAGAAGAGGAUUACUUCAGUAUUCAUGUCCGUAUUGUGGGGGACUGGACAGAGGGCUUGUUCAAUGCCUGCGGAUGUGACAAGCAAGAAUUCCAGGAGGCCUGGAAGUUGCCCAAGAUAGCUGUGGAUGGCCCCUUUGGAACCGCCAGUGAGGACGUGUUCAGUUAUGAAACUGUUAUGCUUGUUGGAGCUGGGAUAGGGGUCACACCAUUUGCAUCCGUGCUCAAGUCUGUCUGGUACAAAUACUGCCACGAUGCAACCAACCUAAAACUUAAGAAGAUCUAUUUUUACUGGCUUUGCAGGGACACUCAUGCCUUUGAAUGGUUUGCUGACCUCUUGCAGUCUCUGGAAACUCAAAUGCAGGAGAGAAAUAACGCGGAGUUUCUCAGCUAUAACAUCUACCUUACAGGCUGGGAUGAAUCUCAGGCCACUCAUUUUGUAGUGCAUCAUGAAGAAGAGAAGGAUGUGAUUACAGGCCUUAAGCAGAAAACCUUGUAUGGAAGACCUAACUGGGAAAACGAGUUCAAAACCAUUGCAAGGCAGCAUCCAGGUUCCAGAAUAGGUGUUUUUCUGUGUGGACCUGAGGGCCUAGCUGACACGCUCAACAAGCAGAGCAUCAGUAACUCGGAAGCUGACCCACGAGGAGUACACUUCAUCUUUAACAAGGAAAAUUUCUAACUCCCAAAUAUGUGGCAGUCGUUCAUUCAAUACAAAGCCUAGAGACUGGAUCUUUCUGUGGGAAGAGCAGCCCGGCUUCUAAUCCCAGUUACAUAAAUGCAUAUCCCUUUGCUUCUUUGGAAUUAUUCUGGCGCUGUGGUAGAGUAGAAGUCACGUUUUACUUUAAAAGUUUGCAGUGCCUGCCCACCCACCCCCCAACACGCUGGCGAUUUAGCAAGAAUUUAUUCUUCAUCUGUGUGAGGGGAAUUCCCCUCAACUGUCUUUAUCCUCCUGUUAUUCAUAAUGACUGCUGAAGGUUCAAGGCAGACAUACGCAUUUGGGAACCAAGCUUUGAGAAAGCUUAAUGCUAUUAAACUAUAAGGCGUUCUGGCAUAAUCCUUGCUAUUAAGAGACAGCUUAUCCUGGCUACAGGGAGUCUCUGGAAUGAGGGAAGACUUAGGGAAAGGUGUGUAGGAAAAACUGGACCUUAGAACAGGAAAUCUGCUUUGCACACCAGCAUCUCUCAGGCUUAGGUACAAGCCUAAAUGCCUCGUCCAAGAGAUAGCAUGGGCAGCUGGAAAGCAGCCAUUUCUCUUUAGGGAAGCAGAGAAGUGAAAAGGAACCACCUGGAUGUCAGAGCACCACUGCCACCAUCGCCCAGCUGCAGCGGGGACCAUGAGGCCUGGUGCCAAACCAAGUCCUCCGCUCGGCCUGUGAGCCAUCGCUCAGCUGCUCUGAACUGUUUCAGUUUCACAUCUCUAAAUUUCUGACUUCAAGGCUGAAAGGACUCCUCACUGAAUGGUUUAAUGGGUCUUUCGUGAAGCAUUUUAAAAUGCACACAGGGCUGUUGGCCCUAUUGUUCAGCUGCUCCUCUUUGACUGUAGUGAGAUAGGUUUGAGAAAGCAAAUACCAUGGCAUGGGGACAGUAGCUGGAAGAGACAUGAAUAAAGCUUGCAUGUGUGCAGGAAACCCAUACAAAGCACAGUGCUUCUGUAUGUACAGUACAGGUAACAGGUUAUUAAAAAAAAAAAAAAAAAGGAACCAAGACACUUUAAAUACCAGCUGCAGGAAAAGAAGAAAAAAAAAAAAACAACACACCUUGAAACAGACAUUUUAUUUCAGCCCAGUUCCACCCUGUCACCUGCUUACUGCCUUCCAAACUCCUCUGCCAAGCCCUAUGGUAGCUCCUACACAACACUAGACCUUGCUGACAGGUUCCUGCAGUCGGCAGAAAAAAAGUGGUGACCUCCUUCUGUAACUUCACACGAGUUUGUGUAACCUUCUGGUUGUAUGUAGCGUAUUUUACACCCCAGCUUGCCAGAUGGGAUGCGUUCUCCCUUUAUACCAUUUCUAAAUGUUAUCCAAGCACUUCAUGCUACUUUAGAAGGACAGCUUACCAUUUUUAUUUAUUAAUAUAAAACUUACCUAUAUGACAUGAAUUGUAUCACCAUCUGAAGGGCAGAAGCUGGUAAACACAACUAAAGAUCAGCUCUUGGUGAGGAAUUUUUCAAUUAUUUUCUUCAAUUCUCAAAGGGGGCAUAUUUAAAUCCACACAAAUAAUGUUUGAAGCAUGCCUAUUAAAAUAGAACAGAGCUUAAGCAGAAUUAAAUAAACUUCUUCACUGGAAUAAAAAGAAUUGCUAUGGAAAUAUAGGAAGGCUCUCAUCCCCUGCAGAGAGCACUGAAAUAUUUGGCUUUGAUUUUAAUGGACAUAUGAUCGGAUUUUCACACUGUCAGCUAGCAAACUGGAAGUUUGGGUUCUAAUCGAUACAGAAGAAGGAAGAAGGGGUCUAAUACAGCAUAUUUAAGACUCUAAGCAUUUGAAGACUCUUGGAGGGGGUGCAUUUUACUUCACUUAUUCAUUUUCUAAACAUUGUCACCUUUGUUCUUACAACUCCAGGGAUCUUUCCUUUCACAGCCAGUUCUAAUGACACUCCCUGACCUGCUGCACGUUUAUACCAGGGACUGUUGGCCAGAAAAAAGGAAUUGUGUGCUUAUCGAUAAACCACUGUCUUCCUAAAACAUGUAAAAGAGCAAGCAAGAGCUUCUCAGUUUCUUUCAAAGGUUUGUUUUAUUAAAUACUGCUGAAAUAUGA